CGGAUGGCAUUGUUAUGCUCAGCCCUAACCAAUUCCCAGAAAAACUAGAUGGAUCAAAUUACUUUGUAUGGAGAGACCAAGUAAUGGACCUUCUGUUCGGGUCUCAUCUAGAUCAGUAUAUUGAUGAAAAAAUCAGUCCUCCUCCAGAAACUGAAGCUGCCAACUUUAUGCGAUGGAAGAGACAGGAUCGUCUGGUGCGGCACGCUCUUGUAUCUUCUCUCAGUUCCGCCUGCAAACCGCUGGUUGGGUCUGCAAAGACCUCCGCCUCCGUCUGAAAAACACUGGAACGCCUAUACGGGACCCAGUCAGCUUCCAAAAUUCGAAGUCUUAAAGACCAAUUCCGCCAUGCUAAACAGGGGUCGCAACCUGUAGCAGAAUAUCUUCACCACCUUCGCACCCUCGCGGAUGAACUAGCCAUGGCCGGCCGACCUGUUGACGAUGAAGACUUUGCCAUUCAAGCCCUGGAGGGUCUUCGUCCCGAGUUUGAAUCCGUGGAGAACUCCAUCCGCCCAGAUGAAACUAACUUCGAAGAACUCCACUCCUUACUGGUCAGAUUCGAAGACAAGUUGCGAAGGAGGGAGCUCUUGAAUUCCGCGGCUGUUGUUACUGCGAACGCAGCGACGGUAGAAAGAAAAGAGGAAGAAGACAGUUCGGUCACAAUGACCGUUCGCAGAAGUAUAGACCAGAACACGUCUAUAUUAGGCCCAGGUCCAUCAGCCCAGUUUCAGACUCUACCCAAUAGGCCCAAUACUCAGAAUAAAUUUUUUUUCAAAAAUCAAAAUCGAGGCCCACGUCCCAGCAACUUCUACAAUUCAAAUCGACGUGGAAAUAAUAAUCCCGGGGGCAGGCGUAUUAAUUUUGGGGGAAAUACCAGUCCGGGUGCUGUUAUAUGUCAAAUUUGUAGCAAACCGAACCAUCUCGCUAUAAACUGUUGGCACAGGUUUGAACAACAAAAUUAUCCCCCCCAGGCCAAUACUGCCACGACCAGGAGAACCGGAUGGUUGCUGGACUCGGGAGCAACUAAUCAUGUCACCAAUAAUUUAAACAAUCUUACCCUGGCGUCCGAUUACACCGGCACAGACUCUCUCAUUAUUGGUAACGGUAAAAGUCUUGAAAUUGCACAAGUUGGGAAUAUGACCUUUCAUUCUCUCUCCUUACCUAAUACUCUUUGUUCCUUCUAUUCAUACUAAUUUAAUUUCAGUUGCCAAAUUAUGCCGUGACAAUGAUGUACUAAUCGAGUUUCACCCUUCUUUUUGUCUUGUCAAGGACAGGAAAACGGGAGCAAUUUUGUUACGGGGUAUGAAUAAAGGUGACGUCUACAGCUUGCCUGAUGUUCCUGUUCCUUCAUCACCAUGUGUCAAUGUUACUACAAAAUUUUCUCUGAAUAAAUGGCAUUGUCGUUUAGGACAUCCUGCCCUUCCCAUCACUCAAAAAGUUAUUUCCUCAUUAGGUAUUUCCUUUAAAGAUGUUAAUAAGGAUUUGUCCUUAUGCACUUCAUGCGCAAGUAAUAAAAGUCACAAGUUACCUUUUGCUAAAUCUUCCCUUUCAAGUUCAGGUCCACUUGAUUUAAUUUAUACAGAUGUUUGGGGUCCCUCACACAUUAAUUCUGUGGAUGGUUUUCGUUAUUAUGUUAUUUUUGUUGAUCACUACACAAAAUACAUUUGGUUUUACACUAUCACUCACAAGUCUGAGGUAACUUCAAUUUUUCAACAAUUUAAGAAGAUCGUAGAAAACUUUUUUCAAAAAUCUAUUAAAAUGGUUUAUUCAGAUGGAGGGGGUGAAUACAUAUCCCAAGGGAAAUUUCUGGCCUCUUGUGGUAUUACUCACUUACUGACCCCUCCAUAUACCCCUGAGCAUAACGGCUUCGCUGAACGCCGACAUCGUCAUAUUGUAGAAACAGGGAUCACUUUACUUCACCACUCUUCUAUGCCGUUAAAAUAUUGGUCAUACGCCUUUUUAACUGCUGUAUAUCUAAUUAAUAGGCAACCAACAGCAUCUCUAGGUUUUUGUACUCCCUAUGCAAAACUUUUUCAAAAACCUCCCAAUUACACAAAACUUGCUAUUUUCGGAUGUCAAUGUUUUCCAUGGCUCCGUCCUUAUGCAGCUCAUAAGUUAGAACCACGGUCCAGACCUUGUAUUUUUCUUGGGUAUUGCGAUCAACAAAGCGCUUAUCGCUGUCUUGAUCCUACUACCAAUCGCAUCUUUUUUAGUCGGCAUGUGGUGUUCAAUGAGUCUGUCUUCCCUUUCUCUAAUAAUACAACACCCGUUACAGAUCUGUCUUCUGAAAUUGACAGUUGGCUUCAACCUCCUAUCUCUUAUCUUCCUAUCUCAGGUACAUCACUAGCAAAGGCGUCUCCUACUACUCGUACCCCAACAACACAAGACUCCCCUAACCCUGCUCCUCAUAACACUCCACCAGCUUCUAACCCGCCGAUCCUCAUCACUUAUCACCGUCGGCCCAAACAAAACCCAACUACUCCAUCCUUACCUAAUGUACCCAACACCAACCCCUCAACCAUUACUCCCACUACAAAUAAUCCCAUAUCUACCUUGGGUCAUCAUCAUGAUCCAAAAGCCUCUCCACCCAAACGUACCCCCACCAAGUGACCCUUCGUUCUCGUAAACAAGCUAAUGUUGUCACUCACUCACCAUUACCU